CUCGAAACGAAAGCUCUCCCUCAACUCGACGAUUGCAGAUGGUGGCAUAACAUCGACAAGGCAAAGCAAGUUAAGUUGCUGGCUAUUUGCUAUACACGCUCACAAGAUGGCCGCCCUGUUCCGAGACAUAAAUUAUCAUGUUUCUACGUCGCAUUAUGCCUUCACCUCUCCCUCCUCGCCUUCCGCUCCGACAUUGAUUAUUGAUCGUCCUACGGGAGAUGUACGACUCAACGAUGGAACUUCACUGGGUGGGAAGCGCGUCUCUAGCAUUGCUGGGAUCUUAGGAAUGAUCAAGUUGCGCCUGGACAAGUAUAUCAUCGUCAUCACAAAAGCACAACCAAUGGGCAGAUUGAAGGGGCAUAUGGUUUAUAAAAUCAUCGCAACCGAAUUUCUUCCUCUGCGAGAACGCCCCCUACACGAUCAAGAUGAGGAUAUGUACUUGGCUUUGUUGAAGAGGUUAAUUAAGUCAGGACCAAUGUACUUCUCAUACUCCUUCGAUAUCACAAAUACUUUUCAACGUCAAUCAAAAUCUGAUCCUUCUACUCCUAUGUGGAAAAGGGCAGACGACAGGUUCUUCUGGAAUAAGUUCAUCCAAUCAGACCUCAUUGACUUUCGGACAUCUGGAGCAAGACAUCAACAUGGACAGCAACCAGGUGCCGACCCAUACAUCCUCCCUGUCAUUUUUGGUAUGCUUGAAAUUGUACAGACUCGAAUCAAAUCAACUCCUCUUACUAUGGUCCUUAUUACUCGACGGUCAAGACACCGGGCCGGUACGAGAUACUUUUCACGAGGAAUCGAUGAGCAGGGACACGUUGCCAACUUCAACGAAACCGAACAGAUAAUCAUAUUGAAUGACAGCAUGAGUGGUCUUGGUGGUUUCGCUGGAGGUGGGGGCAUGCAGAAUGGCAAAGUUGGGGGAUCUGGUGGGAAAGAGGUGCAAAUUAUGUCCUAUGUGCAGACCAGAGGAAGUGUUCCAGUGUACUGGGCUGAGGUCAACACCCUACACUACACUCCAAGGCUCCAGAUCCGAGGCGUCGAGACCGCUGUUUCUGCGGCUCGCGCGCAUUUUGACGAGCAAAUCAAGCUGUAUGGGGACAACUACUUGGUCAAUCUAGUCAAUCAGAAAGGCAGAGAAAAACGAGUGAAGGAGGCUUACGAGCAAAUGAUCAAAAUGCUUGUCUCAUCACCAACGGAAGGAACCCAGCAAGACCAAGUCUCGGAUGAGAAGUUCCGUAUUGUCGAGCCCGAUGGAAGAAGAUCAGAGAUGGACCAACUUCACUAUGUGUACUUCGACUUCCAUAAUGAGACCAAGGGUCUACAGUGGCAUCGGGCACAACUUCUUUUGGACCAGCUUCACGAUGCAUUAGAGAGACAGCAGUAUUUUCGCGGUGUUGAUAUGCCAGCUGAUCUCGAUGGCCGUCUAGAAGUUCGAAAUAGUCAAACUAGCGUUGUGCGAACCAACUGCAUGGAUUGUCUCGACCGAACGAAUGUGGUCCAAAGUAUGCUUGCGCGCUGGGCUCUAAAUCGGCAACUCACGGAUCUGGGCGUCCUAUCUCGAGGGGAAACCUUCACGUCAGAUAAUGACUUCGAAAUUCUGUUCAGAAAGCUUUGGGCCGACAACGCAGAUGUCGUCUCCAAAUCGUACUCGGGCACAGGCGCGCUGAAGACGGACUUCACACGCACGGGUCAGCGCACAAAAGCAGGUGCCCUUCAAGACCUCAAUAACUCCAUCUCAAGAUAUGCCAAGAAUAACUUCGCAGACGGUCCAAGACAAGACGCAUUUGACUUAUUUCUUGGCACCUACCUUCCUAGUACCUCCAGUAACCUUGUGUUUGCCGACAGACGACCCAUUUUGGUUCAAUCCAUUCCCUAUGUCUUGGCCUUUGCUGUGUUCUUGGUAUCUGUGGGCACCUUGUCAAGACGCCCUCCCAACUCUCUGGUCUGGCCGAUCAGAAUCUUCAUCUUAGCUUGGGUUCUCGUUGCGGCAUGGUGUUUUAACUUCAUCUAUAGCAACGGUAUGCUGUACGUCAAUUGGCCAAAGCUGAAUCCUCGACCAUGGGCAACAGAAGGUGUCAACGAAGCACUAGGCAAAGUUCGCAAGGACAAAGUGGUGGGCUCAUUCGUUGGAGCGCAUGAGCGGGGUCUAAGCACGGCGCGCUUCUUGAACGCUGAGGAAGGGAAGAAACGAAUAGAGUGAUCACCAGUGUUGAGGUGUAUUCUUCUCGUUUUGGUAGCGUACAAAGUAUGGAUAUCUCUAGACAGUGGUAAUUCUAGGAGAGUAAGGUAUGAGACAGUGUAAGAAUACAUGAUUUAUAGAAGGGUCUACCAUGAUGUGGC